AUGUCAGACGCUUCAUCUCAUAAAUCCAUACACACAGAAUCAACCACUGACAAACCUAAAGUUCAUCAUAUACAAUUUGCAGGUGAUGGUAAUGAAUUUGUAAUCAUAAAUAAUAGAAAAUAUUAUAGACAUGAACUUCAAUCUGCAUUUGGUGGGUUCUUGAAUAACGAGCCAGCUCCUUAUAAUGAUAUAAUGAUGAAUCCAGCUCCUGUUGGAUUAAGUAUUGAGAUUCCAAAUUUAGUAUUUAGUCUUGGUGUAUUUUAUGGAGGAAUGGUUCAAUUUGUCGCAGGUUUAUUUGAAUUUAUUACUGGUAAUACUUUUGGUUUAACAGUUUUAACAUCUUAUGGUUCAUUUUGGAUUAGUUUAAGUGUUCUUCAAUUUGAUAGUUUUGGAGUAUUAAAGGCUUAUAAAGAUGACCCCCAGCAAUUAGCAAAUGCUAAUGGGCUUUUCAUGGUUGGUUGGGUCAUAUUCACAAUAAUGGUAAUUUUAGUAACUAUGAAAACAACUGUUGCUUUUUGUAGUUUAUUUGUAUUUUUAGAUAUGACUUUUAUAUUAUUGGCAGCUGCUGAUUUUACUGGUCAUGUUGGAGUUAAAAGAGCUGGUGGUGUAUUUGGUGUUAUAACCUCUUUUAUUGCUUGGUACAACGCAUUUGUUGGAACUGCUGAUAAAUAUAAUUCUUAUAUUACAGGUUAUGCUAUUCCACUUCCUGGUAAUCCAAUGUUUCAUGAUUAUAAAAGUACGGAAAAAAACAAGAAAAAUUAA